AGCAAGCAAGCAAGCAAUUCCCAAACCACGAUAUCAAAGCACUUAUUAAUUAUUAGCAGCCUCGUUCAAGUUCUAGGAAUCAGAUAGCAAUGGCGGCUCUGGUGAAGGUGGCAUGCUUGGCGGUGCUGUGCGUGGCUCUGAUCGGUGCGCCCAUGGCCGACGCCAUCACCUGCGGUCAGGUCACCAGCAGCCUGGCGCCGUGCCUCUCUUAUCUCCAGAAGGGUGGCUCUCCCUCAGCCGCCUGCUGCAACGGCAUCAAGUCCCUGGCCUCCGGCGCUCGGACCACCGCCGACAAACAGGCCGUCUGCAACUGCCUCAAGCAAGCCGCCGGUACGGUCUCCGGCGUCAACAAUAAGAACGCCCAGAACCUUCCUUCCGCCUGCAAGGUCAACAUCCCCUACAAGAUCAGCACCUCCACCAACUGCGCCAGCAUCAAGUUCUGAAGAUGAGGAUAUAUAUAUAUAUACACACACACACACACAUAUUUGGAGGAGCCUAUAUGAGAGAGUAUGGCAGUGGAGAAUAAAGGAGGGUUACUACCAGUGAUUGUUGUGAUGACUCGGAGGCCUUCCACAGCUUAGUUUUCAUUUUAUAUUACAUAAAAUGUAGUUUUUGUGUUUUCUAGUUAAAUCUAAUGUAUAUGUCGUUUCUCGCCUGUGCGAGUUACAUAUGUAGUAAUUUCAUAUCUUAUUUUUAA